GUGAAUAAGUAUGGAGAAAGACACAUAUUUGCUGAACUAUAAAGGCUAUAAUUUUGAAUCUCCCUUAGUUGAUGUUGACAUCCUAGAAAAUCUAGAUGAUUUUGAAAUUAGAGAUGAUGAUGUCUUCCUAAUUACAUAUCCAAAAUCUGGAACCAUCUGGACUCAGCAGAUACUAAGCUUGAUUUAUUUUGAGGGACAUCGUAAUAGAACUGAUGACUUGGCAACGAUUGAUAGAGUCCCCUUCUUGGAAUACAAUAUACGCAAAAUCGACUUUCUCAAGAGACCAUCUCCUCGUUUCUUCUCUUCCCACCUCCCGUAUUAUUUAGUACCCAAAGGUCUCAAGCGCAAGAAAGCUAAAAUUGUUUACGUUUACAGAAACCCCAAGGAUGUUAUGACUUCAUACUUCCAUUUCUCAAAUAUCCUGGUCACACUUGAAGCUGGUAAUAAUAUGGAACACUUCAUGGAAAGGUUUCUAGAUGGAAAAGUGGUCGGAAGCCGUUGGUUUGAUCACGUCAGAGGCUGGUAUGAGCACAGACAUGACUUCAAUAUUCUGUUCAUGAUGUUUGAGGAAAUGAAAAAGGAUCUCAGAAGUUCUGUGCUUAAAAUCAGCCGUUUUCUUGAGAAAGAACUGAGUGAAGCGGAUGUGGAAGCUAUUGUGAAACAGGCUACAUUUCAGAACAUGAAGUCUGAUCCAAAAGCAAAUUAUGAAGAUAUUAUAAAACAUGAAAUUGGGAGAAGAACAGAUGAGGGACGUUUUCUGCGCAAAGGUACCGUUGGAGACUGGAAACAUCACUUCACAGUGGAGCAAAAUGAGAGAUUUGACAAAAUAUUCCAAAGGAACAUGAAAGAUUUGCCUUUGAAGUUCAUCUGGGAUUUAAAUGAGGAGUAAAGUCAUGUAAAAGAAUCCCAAAAAAUCUACUAACUAGAGAGGCUAUUUUACAAUAAUAUACACAUUAAUUUGUGCUUCUUAUACAAAUGUUAACUAUAAAACUUUAGUAAUGAAAAAUGAGUAAACUGUGCUUAGAUUAGUGGCCAGGAGUUUGAUAAACACUUGGAAAUUUCAAAAAUUAAAAUGAUUUAGGAGAUAAUCUGCAUUGAUAUCCUGUAUUAUAAAUUGAAAAACAGGAGGCAUGUCCUACAAUUAAGUUUAGUAUUAAUGAGACAUUAAAAAGUAUUUUAUUAUUGUAAUUAAAUAUUAUUUCUUUGAUUUAAAAUAAUUGUGAAUGUUGAAAUAGAGAACUCUUAUGAAAGCACAUGGAUCUAUUUAAUAUUUUAACAGAUCACUAAAAUUUCUUUUAAUAUAUUGAUUUUGAGAGAGAGACAGAGACAGAGAGAGAAACAUGGAUUUGUUGUUCCACUUUUUUAUGCAUUCAUUUGUUGAUUCUUGUGUGUGCCCUGAUGGAGAUAUCACCCACAGCCUUCGCGUAUCGGGAGACUUUUGAGAGAUGUUAGGGAGAAGAGACUUCACAUUAUAAAAUACUGUAUUAAUAAAGUAAUAUAUAAUUUAAAUUUAAAUACUUGUAGGGAGAAUUAUCUUGUUUUAUUUUUACAUUCUGUAGUAAAGUUAUCUAAGAAACAUUCAGUUUACUAAAAGCAACGGGCUCACUGCUAGGCUCUUUGUAGGUAAGAAAAUUUUGAAGAAAUAGUUACUUCCACAGAGAAGUUUAUGUUCUAGUUUGGAUAGCAAGAUAAUACCAAAUACAAGAGAAUACAUU